AUGGAAAUGCAGAGGAUUUAUGAGCUCGGAGGGCGACGUGUUCUAGUGACUAGGACGGGCCCACUGGGUUGCGUGCCGGCUGAGCUGGCACAGAGAAGCAGAAACGGCGCAUGCGACCCGAAGCUGCAGAGAGCCUCCGAACUAUACAACCCUCAGCUGGAGAAAACCAUAAAUCAGCUCAAUUCGCAGUACCACUCCAACAUCUUCAUUGCCGCCAACACCGCCAAAUUGCAUUCCGAUUUCAUUUCCAACCCCCAAGCUUCUGGUUUUAUUACUUCAAAGAGAGCUUGUUGUGGGCAAGGACCCUACAAUGGCUUGGGUUUGUGCACGGUGGCACCAAAUCUAUGUCCGAAUCGGGAUUUAUAUGCUUUUUGGGACCCAUUUCAUCCGUCUGCAAAGGCGAGCCGGAUCAUAGUUGGCCAAUUCAUGACUGGUUCAAGCGAGUACAUGAACCCGAUGAACCUAAGCACUUUAUUAGCAAUGGGUGAAAGCACCUAA